CUUCUCUUGAGAGCCAUCGUGACCAUUGCUCUCAGCAUCAAUCCGCGCCCAGCCAACCCACAACCCCCGAAUUAGCCACUAAUCCUUACCAGAAGCCCUGCCUCGACGCUGCUUAUUUGUGAACUUAACCGCAUCGCCCCCCAAAUGCGCCUUUCUACCCUCCCAACCAUAUAAAUCUCUCCUUCGAUAUGGCAAGUACGAGCCAUCGUGCACCGUCAGCAACGCCGGCCCCUCUCGCCUCUCUCUCGAAUGGCACGGCUUCACAUGCUCACGAUGACCCAUCCCUUCCCAAUAGCCACCAUAUCCCAGUGCAUGAGCCUCGACCGGCGCCGACGCCAACCGCCGCUAUGGCCUCAAAUAAAAAAGGGAAGGGGAAGAAAGCGUUAGAUUCUUCCGAAGCAUCGAAAUUGGUUGCCGCAAGGAUAUCUCAACUCGAGGUCGAUACUGCUGCUGAGAAAGAACAAGAGGCCGAGAUCGAGCGAGAAGUCCGCAAGGCUAAUCGCGAGUUGAAUCAUCAGAUGAAUAAGAUGAACGAUAUGGACAAGAUUGACCUCCUAACGAAACGAUCUUCUGAGCUUUUUGCGAAUCUAAAACGACUUGAGCGCGAAAAUAUCAAAAACAAGAAGCGUGCCGACCAAUUGCAAAAAGAAAAGGAUUCAAGUAGAACGGAUCUCAGUAAGCAAGUCGGUCUGAAGGAGAAACUAGAGAAAUUGUGUCGCGAAUUACAAAAAGAAAAUAACAAACUCAAGAAUGAGCAUAGAGCCCUGAAUGAUUCUCACGACCGACUGAAAACUUCUUCGGACGAGCGUUUUAAGAAAGUGCUUGAAACGCUAGAAGGAUAUCAAGAAGAGAAAGACAACCCGCGAAAACAGGUUGUUUAUAUGAAAGCAGAAGAGCUAUUCAAGAAUCGCUUCAAGUCCUUGAUUGACCAAUAUGAGCUACGUGAACUUCACUUCCAUUCGGCCAUGCGAACCAAGGAGAUAGAAGUCCAGUGGAAUAUGGCGCGCUAUGAACAGCAAAAGAAGGCGGUGGAAGCUGAGGGCAACCGCGCACGUCAAUUAAACAAUCAAGUCCUCACAUUCACCAAAACGGAAACGGAACUGCGGAACCAGCUCAAUGUCUAUGUCGAGAAGUUCAAGCAGGAGAUGGAAGACAUGUCUAAAAAGACCAAGAAGCUGGAAAAGGAGAACGAGGCUUAUAGGCGCAGAGACACGGCUCUAAACCAGAAUAUUCUGAAAAUGGCUGAGGAACGCAACAAGCACCUUAAAGACGUCGAAGACGUCAAGAAAAAGAACGACAAGCUCACCAGUAUCAUCAACCAAAUGCAACAACAAGGUCGCGGUAUACCUGCGGGAAUGCAAGGUGCUAUGGAGAGCUGUUAUCCCGAGGCUGGAGAGGCUGGCGACGGAGAGCUCGAGGGCGAAGAGGAUAGUGAUUGCGAGUAUGAUGAGGAUGCGGAGGAGCAAAUCAGUGAAGGUGAAUUCGACGAUGAUGAUGAUACAGAGGAAGAAGUGCCAAGCGUGCCGGGUGCCUAUGGACCAGAGCGACCGCCUGCCAUGAAUGGCCAUCGCUAGGAAGCUGAUGGACUAGACUGGCAGCCGGAAAUCACGUUUCCCCGGCCUAUUGUCAACUUGUUACACCGGGUAGAGGAGUUGAAGGACCAGGCCUUGGAAGCUCUCUCCCUAGUGUGUAGAGCACCUUACACAUACAUGGCAGAAGAGGGAUGAUCUCAGCUAAUCUGGACCCCCUGAGCAAGACAACUCCUACUUGUCCCCUGGGUCAUUAUGACAGGCAUUGGUUCCUACCAAGGUCCGCAUUAAUGAC